ACCCGCCCUCUGGCCACCCUACCUAGCACCCGCACCUGCACGAGUCGUCGACUCACUCGAGAAAGAGAGAGAAUACGGCUGCAAGAGAGCCACGAUAUGUCCUCUUUCCAUGGCAUCCUCAACUACCCCUUUUCCCCAUUCAACCUGAAAAACCAUUUUACGAAUCAAACCCCUCUGUUUCUCUCUUCUUCUUCUUCUUCUUCUUCUUCUUCUUCUCUGCCCCCAAUUGAUUCCUCAGACUCACCAAAUCAACCCCAAUGGACCACUACAAGGUCUUGGGUCUGACGCGAAACGCUACCAAAGACGAAGUCAAAGAAGCAUUUCGAAAAUUAGCAAUGCAAUUCCACCCAGACAAGCACUCUCACUCUCCCAACUCUGUCAAGGACGGUGCGACUCUUCGAUUCAAGCAGGUUUCAGAGGCCUACGAGGUCCUCAUGGACGAUCGCAAGCGCGCUCACUUCAAUCUCCGAUAUUCCAACAACAACAAUAACAACAAUGGGAGAACAGCAAGUGGGUUCAAUUCUUAUGGUUAUGGGUAUGGCUAUAAUUCUUGCAGUAAAACCAAUUCUAGUCAUGGGUUUUAUAGCAGAGGUGUUAAUGGAGAUGGGUUGGUUUCUAAGUUGGAGAUCGCUUUUCGGUUUCUUACAACACGUUCGGGUCUUCUCAACCUUGCCUUUGCUGGUGCUCUACUAGGUGGAACGUUUAUUAUUGACACAAGUGGGGAUACAUUGUGGAAGAUGCACAAUCCUGGGAAAUCAUUUGAAGAUGCUGUGGAGUCCAUAGAGAAGGCCAAGGCAGUGAAAGAUAAGAUGUGAAAUGGGCUAUUAUUUUAUGAAUGACCCUGUUUUCACCGCCUUUUAGGGUUGACCAACCUCCAAGUUAGUUGCUUUCUGGAUUUAUAGUAGGUAUCGUUUCCUUUUCUACAAUACUUGUUUGUAAAGUCUCCUCUAUCUUGCUCUGUGAAUCUUCUUUUUGCUCGCAAUGCUUUGUUUCAAUGUAUGAAGUAAUUGGUUGUAUAGUGUAAAUGUAAAACCACAAGUUCUGUUGUAAAUGGACCUGGAUAACUCAUAUUCAUAUUAAUUUAAUGAUUUCAUCACUAUUAUUGCGAA